AUGAAGGCCGAGGCAACAACUCUUGUUGUCGCCGAUACCCUGGCUAGAGCACAGCAGUUAUUGCAACGCCCAGUUUCCCCUACUGUUGCCGAACUUGAACAACUUAAUUCUUCCAAGGCAGCUAACGACGACAAACUGGCGACUCGAGGUACCAUGCCAGAGAAGAAAACACUUGGUCGAGGGCAUGGUAGCCGGGGCACUGGGAAAGACAAUAGUGAAGCCUAUCACCAUGCUCUCGAUGUACUUGAUGAAUUAACUAGACAGAUGAAAGAGAAGAAGAGGACUAUGAUGAGGGAAGGGACGAAACACAAUAAUGAUAACUCUAGGAUACGAGGCUAUGACUGGGCUCAAGUUGAAAGGAUGCGAAUGAACAUAGAGAAAUUAGAAGGUCAACUGAAGGCAGACAGAGGUGCUCUAAAGCCGCCUCCAGACAAGAAGGGAGUACAUGCAGCUCGGGCGAGGAUCAGAGCCAAAUAUAAUGAGGAACGGAACACAACGGCGGCGGAAGUGGUGAAGGAGGAUUCUGAAAGGGAAGAGAGGAAAAUAUUGCAACUACAGUGUAGGGUAGCGGAAACACUUCGGAGUGUAGCCAGGGAACGAAGGGCUCGUGUGAGAAGUGAAAGGAUUGCAGCAGAAGAGGGUCGUAGGCGGAAGGCUAUGAAUGAUGAGAAGGCUGUGAGGGAACAGCAUGCUGCUGCUCGAAGGGUGACAGAGAGAGCUCGGCAGGCUAGGGAGGAUGAGGUUGCCCAGAGAGAGGCUCACCAACGCCAGGCUCAGGCAAGGCUUGCUGCGAAUAAGGCUAGGGUCACUCAUCUUAGACAACGAACCAGGGAGAGGAUGAAGAAGAAGAAGGCUAUACGGGAAGAGGAUAUACUUUCUCGGGAACAUAAUCAUCAUCAUGUUAUGAUUGAUAACGAGGAGGUCAUUCGAGGAAGGAGAUUAGCAGCUAGGAGGGCAAGGGAGGUCCAACGACAAUCCAUGAAGGAACAAGAGGAGGCAGCAGCGAGGCAAGCUAAGGAGGAGAACCUCCGACAACGACAACUAGAAGAAAUGGUUAAACGAUAUCGUACACGCAGUGCUGGUGUCACUGGUUAUACCCCCAAUAUUAUACCGAGGUGGACUCGGAAAGCAGCUAUCUUAGGAGAGUAUAUGGAGGAUGAUAACCACAAGGAUGAUGAGGAGGAGGAGGACAAUGCAGUGAAACUCCCACCUAUUCUACCACUACCACCACCACUACGAGGAGGAGGAGGAGGUCGAGACCUGUCGCUGAGGAAUACUCGGGUCGAUGAUGAGUUUAAUGAUUACUCGGUGCAUUUAGGCAGCGUUGAUAGCAACCCUUUGGAGACUACGACAAUGAACCUCUGUCCACUACCACCACCACAAGAACAACAGUCAACAACAUCAUUCAAUGAUGAGGAUAUUCCUAGGUGUGAUAAGUCAGUGUUAGACGAUAGAGAUACAUUUCCCGUGAUAAUGAAGCCAUCUAGGAUGGAUAGAUGGAAGCCUCUUGUACCAAUGAUGGAUGAUGAAUACUUCUUACAAUUGGUCAAACGUGGUGUCACUGAUAGUGGAAUAGCAUUGAAGUCGUAUUCAAGUAACAUGAAGUGUGAUGGUUCGUGA